UUCUCACCAACAUCCCAGUUAUUCAUCAUUUCCUUUCUCUAAUUGCGCUUUGUUAAAGCACUCUCCGAUGGCAUGGAAACACAGAAAGCUCUUCCCAGCACAAACAAACCAAACCCAAGAUUGUUCUGGGUUAUGUGACCCUGCAUGUCCGUACAACUGUUACACCAAUUACCCUGACUACUAUUUUUCACCACCACCACCACCUUCUUCCACCAUUUCUGACCACUCCGGCAACCACAUCUCCUCCUACUUAAUCAUCCUCAUAUCGUUAUUCUCUGUCAUUUUCCUUCUCAUCUGUCUAUACGUCGUGAAACUUAAGUGCUACGCCGCCUGGUGCAGGCGGAGGCUCGACAACGGCUCCGUCCGCACGCAGUCGGACGACGAGUUUGUCAAUGAAAACCAAAUUGAUCAUCCGGUGUGGCUAAUAGCCACGGUUGGUUUGCAACAAUCCGUUAUAAAUUCUAUAACCGCUUGCCGGUACAGAAAGGACGACGGUUUGAUUGAAGGAAUAGAGUGCUCUGUUUGCUUGAACGAGUUUCAAGAAGGGGAAACAUUGAGGCUCUUGCCCAAGUGUAGUCACGCUUUUCACAUUCCGUGUAUUGACACGUGGCUACGCUCUCAUACAAAUUGUCCUCUUUGCCGAGCUCGUAUUGUUUCUAACAACAAUGCAAAUUCUGAAACAGGAAUUUCAAAUUCGAUCUCAGUGGGUCAAGAAAACGGUGGUAGUGGUAACAGUUUUAGAAGGAAUCCGAAUCAAGAGGAAUCGAGAAUCGAGGGUGGAUUAAGCAGCGAUAAUAUGUUUACUAAUUUCGACAUGGAAAACAGUCCUGGAGCAGGAGAGGUCAGCGAGUUAGUUGAAAUUGAAGGAAGAUUCAGUGAGGAAUCGAAUUCGAAGGAGCGAGUGGAUUUCGAUACAUGUCAUAGUGUUUCUUCCCAGGUACUCAUUGAUCAAAUUCAGGUUCGUGGGAUUCCGACUGAUGAGAUACAAACGGAGAUUGUAGCGAAUUCAGAACCUGAAAUUCACACGGCAGAUCAUAUAGAAGAUGGUGACAGAGUUGCAGAAUGUGGUUAGGAAUGAAUCAAAAGGAUGUGAAACAAAGCGUGGUUCUUCAAUUGAAGAAUGUUUGUACAUAGGUCCGGCUUCUAUGCAAAGGUCAUCCUCAUGCAAUGGAAGGAUUAGGUUCCAUGCCCAUAGUGUAAAUUCAACUGAUGCCUAUUGUUAUUAUUUACUAUUAUUAUUUUGGGUUCAAUUUCAAUCUGUUUAUUAAGAUGUACAUAGAAAAAUGGCUUGAGAUAUGUUAGCAUGAUUUUUGCAGUUUUGCUUCGUAACUAUGAAGGCACCAUUGAAAACAAUA